AUGAGUGCAGAUGAUUUCGAUGAACUAAUUACGGAAACAUCAAGGAACAUUAACGAGCUGAUAAUGCUGUCCAACUCUAAAAAAUGUGAUGCAGAAGAAUUUGAUGAGUUGUUACGGUCAUUUCUUCCUAGUCAAAACCUUGGUGAUAAGUCAAUUCAUCUGACAAAAUUUCGUACAAAAGUUGCCGUAGAUAUACUGUCAAAAACCUCGGUUUUCGUAAAUCUUGUGUCAAUUUAUCGAGAAUUGGGAAGAAUGGCUAUUCCUUUGAGUUAUUUAGCAUUUAAUCCACUUCCCGUUGAUAAAUGGGUCCUCAAACUUAUCGACUUUCAACAAUUUUUGUCAAAUUAUAUGACCGUCAGCAUAAGCUUUACACGGAAACUGAUCAAAUCUGAUAUAUAUUUGACAGAAGUACGGCGUAUAUUAAAUGCUACCAACACCAUGAAAAUGUCCGAGCUUGUACGAUCAUUAAUGGAUCACAUUAUCUCUGGAUUGAAUACUGCAUUAAUUUAUGAAAAUGAGUUUAUUACACAAAGGCUUAAAGAUUAUGGUCUACGUAAUAUUUUAUCGCGUUGUACUUGUCGUGAUCCAAAAGUUAAGUUGGCCAUAACCAUUUUUUUAACGUUUACCUACACUGAUAUCAGUCAACUUCAUCUAAAGGAAGAAUCCAUUGAGUUAUUCUUAAAGUGCUUUGAUUAUUUUAUAGAUGAAGGAAUUGAAAGUGAUGAUUUGUUUAGUGCCUUUCAGUUUAAUAAAGUGCUACGUAUUUUGGCUUUGGACGAAGAGGAAGUUAAAACGUUCACUGAAAGCUAUAGUGAUGAUGAAUAUAUACCUCAAUAUCCAUCGUCUGAAAAUGAAACUGAUGACGUAGAAUGUAGUGAAGUAAUAAAAGAAAAACCUCAAUUGAAUGGUCAUAUUAUGAUUAGCUACAGUCACGAUGAUCAGGAGAUAGCGAUUAAGAUUAAAGAAAGGCUUGUGGAGGAAGAUAUCAAGAUUUGGAUUGACAAAGAGCACAUGGUUCAAGAUGUUAAGAUAUUAGAUGCUAUGGCAAGCGCUGUACAAAAUGCUGCAAUUGUAUUAAUACUUUUUUCUAAAUCAUACCAAGAUAGUGAAAACACUAAAGCAGAAGCGGAAUAUACUCGAAAACUAAAAAAACCGCCUAUUUUUCUGCGUGUUGAGCGAGGAUUCGUUCCAGACUCUUGGUUGGGUUUCAUGAUUGGUGAAAGUCGUUAUAUUGAUUUUUCAGGGAAAUAUCCUUUUGAAGAAAAAUUUGAAGAACUAUGCACUACGAUUAGUAAUAUUAGUCGAGGAUCGAUCACUGUGAAACGUGAGAAACCAGUGGAAAAUAAACCAAAUACAUGCGUUUCAAUGUAA